AUGACAGAAGACGUGGUCCUGCUCACACAGCUACCCUCAGACGCGUGGUUCGAGGGUUUCGCUCAGCGGCCGAACGGUCAGCUUCUCAUCACACGACUAGACCAGCCGGAGCUGUACACACUGGAUGCGGAGGACCAGGACGCAGAGCCACAGUUGCUGCACACAUUCGACGACGCCAACUCGGCAAUUAACCUGUGCCCAAUAAAGGGGAAGAGCGAUGAGUACGUCGUAAUUACCGGCAUGCUGGACCUGGCCACUGUUCAUUUCUCGAACCACGUCGCAUGGCACGUAACACUGGAGGAUGGUCAGGAUCCGAAGGUCCGGAGAAUAGCCGAACUGGAUGCUGCAGCGGCAAUCGGGGUGAUUGCGGCGUCGGAGCGCGUGUUGUUGAUCGCGGACUCGUUUCGAGGGGCUAUUCUUCGGUUUGACAUUUUGAGCGGCGAGACAUCGGUACUGGUAGAAGAGGAUGCGCUACGUCCUGUCGACGAGAGCCCCUAUGGAAUCAAUCGGUUGCGACUAAUUGACGAUUUUAUCUGGUUCACGAACAACGGAGCCGGCACCUUGAAUCGGUUCCCUCUCCGUCACACAGAAGGCGGCAUUGAGAUGGCAGGGCCGAUCGAGGUCAUUUCAGACGACAUACCUCAUUGUGAUGGAUUGGCCGUUAGCCAAGACACAAAGAAUGCGUAUACCGCAAGCUACAUGGACGGGUUGCUGUGGAAGCUAGACAUCGACUCAGGCAGCGGGAAGUCCGAACGGAGCACCAUUUUGGAAAACCUUGUGAGCCCGACAGCGGUAGAGAUCAUGGACAGUCACGGGAAGCCGAAGAUAUUUGUGGUGUGCUGCGGCGAGAUCGAGGUCGGCUGGGUUAACUCGACUGACAAGACGUCAUGGAGCGAAUUCCGGGAUUUAUCCAUGAAUGCGCAAGUUUCGGUCACGGUAACGACAGAGGUGGUGGAAGAUGCAUGA